AUGCUGGACAAACAAGAGACAGACAACCAUCUUGGAGAAAUCAUGGAAGACUCUGUAAUAUCUGAGCAAAAACAACCAGAUUUAGAAGAACUUUCUGUUGGGGAUGCACAACCUGUCAGAAAAAAUCGUGUAUCAAAUAACGAUCCUGAUAUUGUCAAAACUGUUAUUGAAGAACUUCAUGAUGAUACAGAAAUAGAAGACGAUGGAUUACCAAUUGAUCGAGGUUGGGCUUGGGUUAUAACAUUUGCGGCAUUUCAUAAUUUCUUGAUAAUUGCUGGUUAUAAUAAAGCAAUGGGGUUGUUAUUCAUUGAAUUUUUAAUAUUGUUUAAAAGUUCUACAACAGAAACUGCCUUGAUUGUUGGUGUAAUGGCUGGUGUAUUCGGUAUUUCAGUGUUUAUCACGAUGCAAGUGUUAGUAAGUAAAUUUAAGAUAAGAUAUAUUGUAAUGUUAGGAGGGUUUUUAUCUGGUAUUGGUAUAAUAUUAUCAGUAUUUGCUACCAACCUAAUACAAUUAAUCUUAACACAAAGUGUUUUCGUUGGAAUGGGUAAUUCUAUGGUUCAUGCCCCAGCGUUGGUGCUAAUUGGGAAAUACUUCAAGAAUAAGAGAUCCACCGCUGCUGCUAUUGCUGCCAGUGCUGUAAGCGCUGGGGCCGUCAUAUUUCCUCACCUGGUUAAAUAUCUGAUAGAUGAGUAUGGACUACGAGGUGCUCUUCUUAUUCUUGGAGGAAUUCAUCUACACAUUUUAGUAGCAGGUCUUCUUAUGGUACCCAUUGAGUCGUUCAAAACAAGGAAACAAGCCAGGAAGUCAACUAUUCCACGUGUUUUAUCACCAGAUGGCAUUGUUCAACCAUGUGACAAGAUUGAUCUACAAUUAAUAAGAUCUCGGGAAUCGCUAGUUAGUUGGGAUUCUAAUAACAAAUUAAAACCAAAUUCCCAUUACAGUCCAUUGUUACUUCACAGACCAAGAACGCGUUCCAAUGCCAGUAGACUUUCAGAUUUCACUUCCCAAACUGAUAUCUCAACUUUCGUACCAAACAAUCAGGAAUUCAUUGAUUCAAGAGUUGAAGAAUGUGAAAAUCCUUUUCUUAAGGGAGAUAAUCGAUUAAAGACGUUUUUCAACUCUUUGGGAUUCUAUUUAUGGAAGAAACCACUGUUUCUGUUAUUAAACUCGACAUUCGCCUUAAACAGUUUCUUGGUGUUAUUUUUAAACUAUUAUCCGGCCUAUGUGGUAGAAUUAGGAACCAGCGAGCAAGAUGCAGCAAACAUUUUAUCUAUUGCAGGAGCCGUAGAUUUCUUUUGCCGUCUAGGCGCGGGACUAUUUGCUGAUUUAGGUUAUAUGAAGCGAACCCACAUUUGUGCAAUAGCGCAGAUUGUUUCAGCGCUCAAUUGUCAUCUGUUGGUGUUUUAUAGUUCUUACCAUUAUCAGAUAAUAGGUAUUGUUUUAUUUGGAAUGUUCAGUGGUGUUUAUAACUCUUUUAUUCCUGUUUUAAUCAUGGAUUUCCUUGGCAUGGAUGAUCUGGCCAAAGCUCUGGGAUUUGUUAUGAUUACACACGGAGCUGCUAUCUGUGCUUAUCAUCCCAUAGUUGGAGCAUUGAAAGACUAUACUGGUACUUACAUAGCAUCAUUUCAUUGUAUGGGAGCCUGUGUUAUAUUGUCCGCAGUUUUAUUACUUAUGGAACCUUUGUUUAGAAAGUGUAAGAAAUCUCAGGAAACAAUUCAUACAAAAGAACUUGUGAUCGGUUGA